AUGGGUUCAGGGAGCAAGAUUAAAUUUGCCAUUUUUGAGGUGCUGCAGUUCGCCGCUUUUUGUGUACCACUUUUCAUCAUAAUGCAGCGCUUUGCUUUAAUCUUAGCUGAAGUGAAGAGCCAGAUGCAUCCCUCUGGUGGAGAAUCUAGCACUGCGUACUGGCUGAUCGUGUCUUUAUCUGUGGCCUACGUGACAACUGUGGCACUGGUUGUGUGGCUACCAAUGAAGUACAUGGUGUUUAUUAAGAAGAAAGCUCUGGUGGGAAGAAAGAAAUGGAGGCCUGUUGCUCUUGCAUAUGUGAUCCUCUCCACACUACCCUCAUUUGCCUUCCUAAUCGCCAGCUCUGAGGUGCAGAUUAGAAAUAAUGUGCAGUUGGAUACAUUUAAUGAGUUACCUGUGUCUCUGGUUUUGUUCUCACUCAUCUGCAUUGACAUUGUGGAAAGAAUCCGUCACUGCAGGCUUACUGGCCAUGCUAACAUACUGCAUCGAGAUGCAGAAAUUCCAACCUUAAACCAUGUUGAGACAGUAACACCAAUCGUCCAUACCAUCACUGGGCCAUCUCCUGCAGCCACCAAUCCCAGCACAACACCUCAGAAUGGCACAGGAACAGCUAAUGGAAAUGCUGCAGUUACAGGAUUAUCAAGCAAUGGGGUGGUUCCUGGGUUGGCUGCCAGUGGGUUCAUACCAGGAAUGCCAAACACCACAACCACAGUCCCAGUGUUGCCCAAUAAUGGAGCAGUGCCUGUAAUGUCAGUCAAUGGUCAGGGCCAGCCUAUUACUGUUUCCGGGAUUUGUCCACACACUGGUUUACCAUUAAGACACUUUCAGUUUGCCCCUGCAUACACAGGGCCUCUUCGGUUCUUGCUAGCAAGUGAUUCACGGGCAGAAGCCUUUGCUGAAAGCUUCCUGUUCUGGUUGGACACUGUUGAAAUGGUGAGAGUUGUAAGUAACAAUGCAGUCUACUUUUCAGGAUGGGCUUUACCCAUCUAUCUAUUUAGCUUUAUUUCAAUGCUGAGAUUGGCUCUCAUGCCAUACAGCCAACUCCUCUCUCCACUGGGUGUGGCUCUACAAGACCUCCCAUUUUUAUUUCUUAGGGUGGCGCUCCUAGCCAUUUUUGGCUUUGUUACACCGGUCCUCUUUGUGCUUAAGAAUCUGUUUGUAUGCUUGGCCUACAUUUACUUUAAUUUUAUGACAAAGCUUAAGGUUUUCAACACUGAGAGAAUGUUCUGA